AUGACUACGAUCAAUUUACCUCAAAACUUGAUAUCCACUUCAGAUCAAUCCAUCGAUCCUACUACUAUCGAUCAAUCUACAACUAUUGAUCAAAAUAACUCUUCAGUCCCACUUACCACCGACACCAACAUCAACACCAACUCAAGUAUUAUCAAGACUUGUCGUUCACGUCGUUCGACUUCUAAUUUCCUUCAAGCCAGAGCUCACACUUCUGAUUUGCUUGGUCUCAAAACCGAAGGUCUACCACUUCGAUUUCGUCAACUAUCUGUCUACAGCGAUUCUUCCGAUCAUGUUCUCGUCCUCAAUCUACCACGCGCUUUUAUUCGACUCUUUACCACCCCUCUCUUCAAACUCACAACACUAAUAGACACCUAUUUACUCUCUCGAAAACCGACCAACCCUCGCACCAUUCUAGUCCUAAGUCAUCUCAAUGGGCUUCUCCAUCAAUCUGAGCUUUUACUCGUUCUAGGUCGACCUGGUAGUGGAGUCACUAGUACCCUUCGAACUCUUUCCUCAACUGAAGCAAAAUUUUCGAUCAUAGAUGGUCAACUUGACUAUGGUUCACUCGUUCCCAAAGCUCUCCAUCAACUCGGUUUGCAGUCCGAAGUAGUCUUAGUUGAAGAGACUGAUGAUCAUUUCGGAAGUCUCACACUCGGCCAAACUUUGUCUCUGGCAGCUCGUUGCAAGACUCCAGAAAGGCGAUCUGAUGGGAUGAGUCGUAAAGAUUGGACUUUAACUGAAAUCUCAGCUUGGAUUAGAGCUUUCCGACUCAACUUAUCAAACUUGGACACGCCCGUUGGAUCGAGCCAUGUACACGGGCUUAGUGGUGGUGAACGAAGGAGAGUGAGCAUUUUAGAGGGAUUGAUGACAGAUUGCUCGAUCCUGUGUCUCGAUAACGCUACAGCUGGUCUCGAUUCUUCUACUGCAAUUCAGAUGAUUGAUAGUCUUAAAGAAUGGGCUAGAUUAGGGAAAAGAUCUGCAAUUGUAGGCUUACGUCAGGCUUCAGAUUCAUUGUAUUCUCAGUUCGAUAAGCUCCUCCUGCUCUAUUCGGGUCAUCAGAUUUACUUUGGUCCAAUCUCAGAGGCAGUGAAAUAUUUUGAAGAACUCGGCUUUGAACGAGCCGAUGCACAGCCUGCAGCCGAUUUCCUCUGUGCAGUCACCGAUCCGGAGACUUGUCGCAUUCGAGACGGUUAUCACGAUCGUGUACCCCGUACCCCGCUCGACUUCGUGAAGGCCUACGAGCACUCUAAGCAAUAUGAUACCCUUAAACAGGAGAUGAUUGAAUACGAGUCGAUCUAUCCUUCCUCCGGGCCGGCUCAUCACAUCUUACAUGCCAAUCGCGCCAAGAAAGAUAGGUGGACACCUAAUUCCUCAUCAUAUACAGUCAAUUACUUCAGACAGGUAGCAUACCUUGUCUUACGGCAGUGGGCUUUGAUUCGAGCCGAUCUACGACCAUACACGACAAAGACAAUAGUGAAUGUAAUGCUGUCAUUCAUCAUUGGCUCCUUAUUCUAUCAACUUCCAGCUACCACUGAAGCAGCUUUUACCAGAGGAUCGGUCCUGUUCCUUUCAAUCCUGUUCAAUGGAUACCUUCAACUAUCAGAAUUGGCCAACACACUCGCUGGCCGUCCUAUAGUUCAACGACAUCGACGAUUUGGGUUCUAUUCUCCAGGUGCACUCGCAUUAGCUCGGACUAUUAGCGAUCUUCCUUUGAUUGCAUUUCAAGUUUCACUCUUUGGUUCCAUCACAUAUUUUAUGGCUGGUCUACAAGCUGAUAUCACCCACUUCCUAACAUAUCUUUUGAUUGUUUAUGCCACGGCUCUUAAUUUGACGGCCAUCUUUAGAAUGUUUGCGUCAUUAUCACCAUCCUUUGACGAGGCCAUGAGAUAUUGUGGUAUCACGCUUAAUAUACUUGUAGUAUAUGCCGGAUACUUCAUUCCUACCCCGACUAUUCGACCAGGUCUGAGAUGGAUUCGAUACUACAUUGAUCCAAUUUCGUACGCUUAUGAGGCGGUCUUGGCGAACGAGUUCCGUGGACUUGAAUUAAAAUGCUCCGAGCAACAUAUCGUACCCAGCGGACCGUCGUAUAAUGAUCCAGCUUAUCAAACUUGUGCAGUCCCAGGUGCUCAAGUAGGCUCAUUAAUGGUGAAAGGCGAAGAUUAUCUAAAGGAAUCUUAUGGUUUUUCAUCCGACCAUUUGGUUCCCAACUUACUGUCGAUCCUUGGCUUGGCCCUCAUAUUCUUUUUCGCUUCAAUUUGGUUCAGCUCUACUUUAGACUUUUUCAAAUUGGGUGCAGUAAGAGUGUUCAAAGAUAGCGAAAGUUUUAGAAAUAAGUUGAGGAAGCUGGAAGGUAUAGAAGAGUCGGAAGAAAGCAAGGAAGGAGAGGAAACUAAUGGCAAUGAUGAUAAUAUGGUUAGGGCCCAUCUACUUGAUGUACAUGAUGGGUUGAUCGGUGACUCCUUGGCUCAAUUUGACCCGGCAGUCGUAACUUUUAAAGAUCUUAGUUGGUCAGUCAAGACGCCGAGUGGUCCUGUUGACCUUCUCACUGGGAUCACAGGCUAUAUUCAGCCUGGCGAAUGUACAGCCCUGAUGGGUGCAUCAGGCGCUGGUAAAACGACCCUUUUGAAUGUCAUUGCAGGAAGAUUAUCUUCUGAGACAGAUGGCUGUAUGUCGGGUAGGGUACUGGUAGAUGGACGAAGCCCCAGUUCCGAGACGUACAAAUCUAUCGGUUUUGUCGGACAAAUCGAUUGUCAUUGUGAAAAAUCAACGGUCAGAGAAGCUUUGAGAUUCUCAGCUUUGCUUCGACAACCGCGUUCGGUACCCCGUUGGGCGAAACUGGCAGAUGUAGAGCGAGUGAUGGACAUGUUAGGGUUAGUCUCGAUAGCUGAUGCCAUCAUAGGAACUCCUGAAGCUGGCCUGGGCCUUGAGGAUCGCAAACGACUUAGCAUUGCCGUAGAAUUGGUGGCUCGACCUCGGGUGCUGUGCGUGGACGAACCUGUGAGCGGAUUAGAAGGAAGAGCGGCUGCCCAUAUCAUUCAGCUCUUGUGCUCCUUGGCAAAGGGGACUGGAUUAGGUGUCAUAGUUACUAUCCAUCAACCAUCGAAGGAGAUGUUUGAACAAUUUGACAGACUUUUGUUACUUCAACGUGGUGGACGGACUGUCUACUUUGGACCAAGGGAACGAGCUGUUGAGUGGUUUGAAGAUCGAAUGGUAGGAAACAGAUGUGGAGUGGGUAUGAAUCCAGCGGAAUAUCUGAUUGAGAUGGUGAGCGGAGAUGAAGAUGAAGAUGAGGAUGAGGAUGAGGAUGAGGAUGAGGAUGAGGGGGAGGAUGAGCAAGAUGAGGAGGAGGAGGAAGAAUCUCACUUGGAUGGAUCGAAUGAAACUACCUCGUUCGAGCGGACAAACCCCACAGACGCUUCAAGAGGUGCCCAAACUUGGUUAGAAGAGGUCCUAGAACUUACUCGACGAUGUUCAUUGCAUUUCUGGAGAGAUAGCGUCUUUAGUUUUACACAACUCUUUACGUCUUUAGUCAUUGGAGGACUGAUAGGAUUGAGCUUUGGAACCCAAGAACCAUUAUCUUUAUCUGGUUUGAAGUCAAGAGUCUUUAGUGUCUUCUUGAUUCUCUUUGUUCCUCCGGUGAUCAUGAAUCAAUUGAUCAUGAAAUCUUUUUUACUCAAGAAUGUAUACCAAUUACGAGAAUCUCGAUCGGGUGUUUAUCGUAAAUCAAGUUUGACCCUUGGCUUCGUAUUGGCUGAAUUGCCAUAUUGUAUCGCAUCUGGCCUUAUUUUUUGGAUCACUUGGUUUUGGGGUGUGAGUUUUCCUUCUGGUUCUCUAAAUGCGGCGUUUCCCCUUACUCACAGACCGAUCACAAUUCUACUGCUUUUCUUAGCCUUCAUCGCUGUAACAUGGGCUAUUUGGAUAUCUGGAUUGGCACCUACAAUUGGCGUAGUAGCCAAUCUUCUACCAUUCUUCUUGGUAUCGAUGGAAGCGUUCAACGGAAGCUUGAUACCAUAUGAUCAAAUGCCAUUUUACUGGAGAUGGAUGUAUUGGAUCUCACCAUUCCAAUGGUAUGUGAGGGCAGUGUUAUCCGUCGUUUUACAUGAUGUGCCAGUACGUUGUGUGGAUCACGAAUGGGUCGAUAUCACUCCACCACCAUCGAUGACAUGCGAGGAGUACAUGUCAGGUUUUGGUAAGGUUAACAAUCAAUGUCAAUACUGCCCUUACUCGAAUGGGGAUGAAUUUGUAGAUGAACUUCUAGGUACCAAAGGAGCUUAUCAACAAAGUUAUCAUGUUUUAGGAAUAUUCUUUUUAUAUGUUCUUUUUAAUUUUCUUUUAGUUUGGGUCUUUGGUCGAGAUCAGAUUUGGAGUAGAAAGAAAAGUCAGAAAGGAAAGAUUGGAUUAUGAGAUUCGUUUUUUUCCAUUGAAGAGUAGAGAGGUGAAAGGACGUUUUAUAAAAAAAAAUGUUGUUGUUAGCUUUUUAACUCAAAAUUGUGAUAUAGAGAACAUGAUUAAUUUGUUUGUUGACUUAUUGUAUUAGAAUUUUGUAUUGGGUUUUAGGCUGAUUGUUAAUUCCUCAUUCAAAAAUGCAAAUCAAAAUUUUAUUCAGCAG